UCUCUCUCUCUCUCUCCCUGCUUCGUGGAGUCAGCCAUGGCGGGUGAGGGUCCCGUGAAGGAGCUCUGGGAGGAAGCCACUUGCUCCAUCUGCCUGGACUAUUUCAAGGACCCGGUGAUCCUCACCGAGUGCGGCCACAACUUCUGCCGGGCCUGCCUGACCCGCAGCUGGGGGGAGUCGGGGGCCAAGCCUUCCUGCCCCCAAUGCAGAGGCGCAGCACAGGAGGGGAGCCUCCGCCCGAACCAUCAGCUGGCCAGCUUUGUGGAAAUCGCUAAAAAAUUCACUCUGCAGGAGGGGAAAGAUGCAGGUGCGAAUGGGCAAGUCUGCCCGAAGCACCAGGAGCUCCUGAGGUUUUCCGGCAAGGACGAGGAAGCCCCCCUCUGCGUGGUCUGCAGCAUAUCCGAAGAGUGCAAAGAGACUGAAGUUUCAGUUGUACUGCUAGAGUCACUUAAGGCAGUCGUGGUAGCACAAAAAGGGAGAGUUUGCCAGAAGCAUCAGGAGCCACUGAAGCUCUUCUGCAAAGAUGAUGAAGCCCUCAUCUGUGUGGUCUGCGACCGAUCCAAGGAGCACAGAAAUCAUGAAACCCUUCCUCUUGAGGAGGCUUCUCAAGAGUACAAGAAGCAAACCAAAGGAGUGAAGCAAGAGGCAGUAGCCAAGUUCAGGCAACUGCACACAUUUCUGGAGGAACAAGAGAAUCUUCUGCUGGCCCAGAUGGAAGAGGUGGAGGAGGAGGUGGCAAAGAAAAGGGACCAGCACCUGGCCAGACUCUCCAAGGAGCUCUCCUCUCUGGAAAGCCUCAUUCAGGAGAUGGAGGAGAAGAGUCAGCAGCCGGCUGGUGAUUUCCUGCAGGAUGCCAGAAGCACCUUGAAGAGGUAUGAAGAAAAGGAGCCAUUUGCAAAUCCAGCAGCUUUUCCUCUUGCACUGAAGUGGAGCAUCUGGGACUUUUUGGAUUUAAAUUUCCUUCUGGAGGGCGUCGAGAAGCAACUCAAAGACACUCUGGAUUCUGGACUUCACCUGCAGAAAGGCUGUAUCCUUAUUUGA